AUGGGCUCUAAAUCAUCCAAAGUUGUUGAUGAUAGCAAGUCCGUGUCCAAUGCACCUCCCCCAUACUCCACAACUUCCGAAUCUACACCUGCAAGAUUCCGCAACACUAUUUGCACAGUUAAAUUUGAGGAAAUACCAAUCGUGCAAUCGGGGGACGGACUAGGCGAGAACCACUUUGUUGCUCAUUUCCGGAUCAGGAAGUUCCAGAAACGCAUCCGCAUUGCACGGGAUGUAAGUGUAGAAUUUGUUGCGGGGGGUCGUAUAUGGUCGUUGAAAAUUCCCAUGAAGUCUAACGGAAAAUGCCACAUUGGAUUUAAUCUUUCUCAGCACAGCUUUCCGGUGUAUCCAAUAUGUGUGAUCGUGAUCGAGGCCCACGAGAAACCUGGCUGUGCCACCCCAUCUCCAGCGCUGCAAUUUAUAAACAGUACACCAGAUAUACUUGUACCUCAUGGGAUAAAAUACGACGGCGGCAAGGACCUCGUUCGUAUCAAUUAUUGUUGGGAGAUGUCAACCGACUGGGUGAUGGACGAACUCCGAUGGUACCCUGCACGUAAAGCUGGAGAUGACAUUAAAAUAGUAUUGGUAGGCUAG